CAUCAAUGGUGUGUCCUCACUCACUCCAGCUAGACACAAACUGCAAACUGAUAAGGAUUUUCUAUGGCGACAAUUCCUUGCACACGCCUUGCGCUUCUUCUGUUGCUUCAUUUCCUGACUACACUUGCAACUCAAGAUGACCUUGUAAUCGACACUAUGCAUGGGAAAGUUCAAGGGAAGUUGCUUUCAGUGCCUGGGGGUGAUGUCAGAGCAUUCUUGGGAAUUCCUUAUGGAAAACCACCUCAGGGGAAACUGAGAUUCAGAGCUCCAGAGCCUGUAGAGAGAUGGCAGGGUGUGAAGGAUGCCACCAAAUACCCAAACACCUGCUACCAGUUGCCAGAUACAACCUUUCCAGGGUUCAAAGGUGCAGAGAUGUGGAACCCAAACACUCCUUUGAGUGAGGACUGUCUAUACCUAAAUGUCUGGUCCCCACGUGCCAACAAAACCCAACCUAAGCCCAUGCCAUUGGCUCCUGUCCUUGUCUGGAUCUAUGGCGGCGCGUUCAUGUCAGGAACAUCCUCUCUGGACAUGUAUGAUGGCCGCUUCCUGUGUAAAUCUGAAGAUGUUGUUGUGGUAUCAAUGAAUUACAGAAUCGGGGCUUUUGGUUUCCUGUCUCUUCCUGACAACAAGAACAUAAAGGGCAAUGCAGGCCUGCUGGACCAGCGCUUGGCCCUCAACUGGGUAGCCGACAAUAUAGCUGCCUUUGGAGGUGAUCCCAUGAAGGUGACUCUGUUUGGGGAGAGCGCAGGGUCAGCAUCUGUGGGCUUCCACCUGGUCUCCCCAGGCAGCCAGAGGCUUUUUCAAAGGGCUGUGAUGCAGAGUGGCUCUCCUAACGCACAAUGGGCCUCAGUCAGCAAGGCUGAGAACUGGAAUCGUUCCAUGAAGCUGGUGACGUUACUGGGGUGUCCCACAUCUCCUUCAGCUGAUAUGGAAGCUUGUUUGCAGGGGGCUGAUCCUCUUAAAAUCGCAAUGAAGCAGUAUGAAGCUGCCCCUUCUGCAAGUUCAGUCACCAUCUUUGUCCCUCAUGUUGAUGGAGACUUCCUACCAGAUAAAGCUGAAAUAUUGCUUAGUACUGGUACCCUCCUACAGAAAGAGGUGAUGUUUGGCAUAAACAAGGAUGAAGGGACCUACUUCCUACCGUAUGGAUUUCCUGGAUUUAGCGUCACAGGUCAGAGUCUCAUCUCCAGGAAUGAGUUUCUGCAAGGAGUAGCAAUUCAACUGGCAAAUGCAAGUGAUGUCACAAGAGAUGCAGCCAUUUUCCAGUACACUGAUUGGGCAGAUGAGGAUAACGCAAUGAAAAAUCGUGACUCGCUGGGUAAUCUGGUCGGAGACCAUAUGAUAGCUUGUCCUAUGCUAGAGUUUGCUCACAGGUACUCACAACGCGGUGGUAAGGCUUUCCUUUUUUUAUUUGACCAUCGGUCAUCUGUGAAUCCUUGGCCAGAAUGGAUGGGCGUUAUGCACGGCUACGAAAUAGAAUUUGUCUUUGGCAUGCCUCUGAAUGUGUCCCUGGAAUACACAAAGAACGAAGUAAACAUGUCCAAGAAGUUUAUGAAACACUGGGCCAAUUUUGCUCGGACAGGGAAUCCAGGCACUGAUGGAGUUAACUGGCCCUUGUUCACACCCGAACGGCAGGAGUACGUCACUCUGAACCACAACCACCCAGAACAAAAGAGGAUGAUGAAGGCUAAAGAGUGCCACUUCUGGAACACACUGACACCAAAAGUACAGAAAGUCUCAGAUGAUCUGCUGGCUUGUGUUCAAGCAAACGGGAUUAUACUCAACUGUAAUUACACCCUCCUCCUUCUCCUUUUGGUGAUAACUUUAACCUAUUAAAAAAGAGGGAGGAGACCUGUGUUCUUCAAAGCAACAUACAACAGUUAACAUAAAAUAUAGUGGACAAACGGACUAAACAAAAUUAUUUCAUAUUAUGAGAUUAAUGAGAAUUUGUAUUUUCAAAGCAACUGAGUGUAAGAUUUAGACUGUUACUGCAAUAACAACAUUCGCACUAAUGCUUCAAUAAGAGAUUCAGUUGCCAAUAUGUCAUGGUGGCCACAUGCUCACCAGGGGCCUCAUUACAGAGAAAAAUCCUAAAUGCGUGCCCUAUAUUUAGUUUCAAAGAUGGGAAAAAUCCUAUCCUCCUAUUACAGAAGCAAUUCCCAAACUCAUAGCUAUGUCCUAUCCCAUCUCCGACCUCAGAUAUUAUUUUAACUAAAGAAAUCCUAAAUAUAAUGGUAAAUUUGAUUCUUCUAUCAGUCGUCAUUCUGUCAUGCCUGUAUCUAUGUUUAGAAUUCACACAAGGCGGACAUUCACACUUUGUAUUAACAAUUGUUUCAUUAAUCUGAACACAAGUGCACAGCCACAUCAUUGUUCACACUUGCGUUCAUCAUGUGUCUCCAGGUGACCACUUGAAUUUAGAUUUUGUUUCUGCCUAUGUCUCUCACACUGGAAGGUCAAAGGGCCCCACACAUGGGUAUUACAUCUCUGCUGCUAGCUGGCAUGCUUCCUAGUCAUGUCAGUGGUUGUGUGGAUAACGAUAAAGAUAUCGUUAGUAAAAUUCAAUACAUCUCCUUCCAUAGGGCAAAACUAUGCACGUCAAGCAAGAUUUUGCCUAACUUGUCAUAAAAUGGGCAUUUUACAAAGCGUUAGCACGCUGUCACCAAAACAACCACUAAGCCCUGCAUGGAUGAUGUAAUCCUUGCAAGGGAAGCAUAAGUGUUUACAAUACAAAUUACAAAACAUCUUGGUGGGAGCUCGUAUUUAGUGAUGUCCACUUGUGAUCAGAUCGCCCAAGACAUAUGUAAAUAGUGGGUUUAAACAGGGUCUUCCAUUAGAAUGUUUUGGCUUUAGGGUACUGGAAAAGGACAAGUCAUAAUAUCUCAUGAGUCAUUGGCUUAAAAUUGGCAACUGGCAUUAAAUUCUGGCUAUCAAAAAGUCGAUGGCACUAUAGUAACUGUGUGGUGGAAAAUUUCAAUGAAAUUAAAAAAUUAGUGAUAAAAUAUUUUGACAUAUACCUAUUAAACGUGGUCUGGGAAAUGUAGUUAGUUACCAUGAGAUUUAAGUAACCUGUCAAUUGUAUUUUGAUGACACCAACAAAAAAAAAAAAAAAAGGAAAGAGGUUGAAGGUUGUACUUUGCUUCAUGAUCAAUGAGUCAUAACCAAAUAUACAAAGGUGCACAAGGUGCAGUUUUGGUGUUUAUGUUGUUCUCUGUCUUCUUUGUCAGCUAUUUUGAAUUUAGGACAGGGUCUAUGCCUUACAAAGAAUUCCUAAUAGGAUUUCUUUUUCUGAAUGCAACUAAUGCAACUGUAUUUCCAAGAAUCCUAAAUGUCAUUCUAAAAUGAGAAAAGAUUUCAGACUUAGGAAGUUUCUGUAAUGAGGCCCUAUGUCUGCAGGGACUAUAUUUUAAGAUGCUAAAAUUAAAACUGUCAUGAUGGAGCAAGCACUACUUUCUUUUGCAGGCACUGCACAAUGCACAACCAAAUAGUGGCUUAUUUUAUGACAUGGAAAUGUUAUUUCUGAUAACUAGUUAAUGUUCAGCUACCAUUUUUUUUAAUUUGUUUGUCUUUCUUUCAUAAUUGUGCAUAUUAAUGGUGCUUGGAGUAAAUGCAGACUGACUGAAAUGUUUGAGUGAAAUCACAUUAAAACAAUCUGAGAUCAGUUUGUGAAUAUAUGCAGUUGACUCCAAACAAUCAGAUUUUGAAGCUUGACUUCAAACUGAAAUGCAUUAUUUCAUAUAUAAAGGAAAUCUGAGAACUUCCAAAUGACUAUCACGACUUUCGUGUCUACUUACACUUCUUAAUAAAGACAAUGAGGGAUGCUCUGGAUUUGCUUGGUGUAUUGACUAUUGUGUUGAUCAAUAAAGAUCAUAAUGAUCAUUUAA